CGGCAUGCUCAAUAAUGCUCUUAGAUUGGUUAGUUUUUAUCGGGUGGGUGAAUGCACCAGUGGUAUCAUUUGUUGUCGUAACGAUUGGCUUGAAUAAAAAAUUGUGAAGUAUUGUGAGCCCUUGGGAUGAUUAUUUCGAGGAAUAGAGCAAGUUCUUUAUUAUUAUUUAUAUUAUUUAACCUUCAACACUCGCGAACUGGCAGUUCGAAAUCAAAUAUUUCCGAGAAUAUUUCCACGCGGAUAUUCGAACUUCCCACCAGUUUCGUGGCUUCCCAUUCGUCCUCUCUUCAGGCCAAUCACCAAAGUUUCAAAGGUUGAUAGAAAAAAAGAGUCGAAGCCGAAACGUUUAUUCGCAGGAGAAAAAAAAUAGUUGACAAACAAUAAAAACGGACAGGUGAACAAUUAAAAUCGUUAAUUAAUUGCUAUUUCCACCCUGAAGCGUCUUCAUCGUUGGAUAUCUCUCGGAGAUGUGACUAAAAGAUGGUAAAAUCACACGACUGCCGGACCUAACCUCAAAAAAUCAGUUUUUAAUGGCAAUAAAUCCCGAAGAUCAAUGAAAUUAUUGAUAAUCCCCUGAUUAUCGAGGUAUUCGGUGAUAAUGGCGCACGAUAAGAAGGCACCGCGUCGUAGCCGAUCCCGCGAGCGUGAUCGCGAUCCCCACAGAGAUCGCCGUGACCGUCGUAGAUCGCGAAGUCGUUCCAAGGACAGAAAGACCUCGAGAAAAAGAUCGAGAUCGCGAGAGCGAUCCCCUCGGGAGCGUCAGCACGAUUCCAGGGGCACCAAUAGCACCUCGAAGUCGUCCUCGACGCCACACGACUCCAAGAAGCGAAAGCAGAGUCCUAUAUUUAGUCUUGAUGACAGAGACAAGGAGAAGCGAGACGAGAAAACGAAGGAUUCUCAUCAGAUUCUCGAUGAGAACGAGGUAGAGACUGAUAAGAAGCUUCCCAAGAAGGAGCCACUGAGUCUCGAGGAGAUUUUGGCGAAGAAGAAGGCUGAGGAGGAGGCGAGGGCCAAGCCCAAGUUCCUCACCAAGGAGGAGAGGGCAGCGCAGGCACUCGAGAAACGUCAGCAGGAGGUAAAUGCCCUUCGCCAAGCUCAGGAAUCUGAACGAAAAGCCCUCUUCACGUCUCAGGGUCCCUCCAACGACACCAGCUCCUCUCACCCCUCAGGAUCAUCCUCGACUCCCAGUAAGGAGCGAGAGUGGGAAGAGAAUCGAGACAAACGAAGGGAGAAGAGGGAUCACGAGGAGGUGAAGGAUAAGGACAAAGAGAAGGAGGUCGAGGCGAUUAAAGAGAGGUAUCUCGGUCUCAUCAAGAAGAAGCGACGUGUCAGACGCCUCAAUGACCGGAAAUUCGUGUUCGAUUGGGAUACAUCUGAGGACACCUCGGUGGACUACAAUAAUAUUUAUAAAGAGCGUCACCAGGUACAGUUUUUCGGUCGGGGAAAUCUUGCGGGAAUCGAUAUCAAGGCACAAAAGAGGGAUCAGAGCAAGUUUUAUGGAGAACUGUUGGAAAAGAGGAGGACUGAGGCCGAGAAAGAGCAGGAAAAGAUGAGAUUGAAGAAGGUGAAGAGGAAGGAGGAGAAGCAGAAGUGGGACGAUCGACACUGGUCGGAGAAAGCUAUCGAGGAGAUGACUGAGAGGGACUGGAGAAUAUUCAGGGAGGAUUACAAUAUCACGAUCAAAGGUGGGAGAAUUCCUGAUCCAAUUCGUUCGUGGAAGGAGUCCGGUUUCCCCAAGGAGAUUCUCGAUAUAAUUGAUAAGGUCGGCUACAAAGACUUAACCCCCAUUCAGCGUCAAGCCAUUCCUAUUGGCCUCCAGAACCGCGACAUCAUCGGUGUCGCCGAGACUGGCUCUGGAAAGACCCUGGCCUUCCUCAUUCCUCUCCUCCUGUGGAUAACUUCACUCCCGAAAAUCGAACGGCUGGAAGAAGCCGAUCAGGGCCCCUACAGCAUCAUUCUAGCACCGACUCGUGAGCUCGCCCAGCAGAUCGAGGAGGAGACCAAUAAGUUUGGCCAGCCACUGGGCAUUCGGACAGUUGUUGUCGUCGGUGGAUUAUCCAGAGAGGAACAGGGCUUCCGUUUACGCAUGGGCUGUGAAAUUGUCAUAGCCACACCAGGACGAUUGAUUGAUGUUCUCGAAAAUAGGUACCUUGUCCUCAAUCAGUGCACCUAUAUUGUGCUCGAUGAGGCUGACAGGAUGAUUGACAUGGGCUUCGAACCCGAUGUCCAGAAGAUCCUGGAGUAUAUGCCUGUCACCAAUCUCAAACCUGAUAAUGAGGAUGCUGAAAAUGAGGAGAAACUUCUUGCUAAUUACAAUACAAAGAAGAAAUUCAGACAGACGGUGAUGUUCACGGCGACGAUGCCUGCAGCAGUGGAAAGGCUUGCCAGAACGUACCUUCGACGACCAGCGGUUGUUUACAUCGGUAGUGUUGGCAAGCCGACAGAGAGAACCGAACAGAUUGUUCACAUAAUGGGUGAGGCCGAUAAGAGGAGAAAGCUCAUGGAGAUUCUCUCACGAGGCGUCGAGCCACCAAUCAUCAUAUUCGUCAAUCAGAAGAAGGGGGCGGAUGUCCUGGCAAGGGGCCUGGAGAAGCUGGGGUAUAAUGCCUGCACCCUCCACGGAGGGAAGGGUCAGGAGCAGAGAGAGUACGCCCUGGCUAGUCUCAAAGGAGGCAGUAAGGACAUUCUGGUGGCCACUGAUGUUGCUGGCAGAGGUAUAGACAUCAAGGAUGUCUCCAUGGUCAUCAAUUAUGAUAUGGCCAAGACCAUUGAGGAUUACACUCACAGAAUUGGAAGAACUGGCAGAGCUGGCAAGGCUGGUCUCGCCAUAUCUUUCUGCACGAAGGACGACAGCCAUCUGUUCUAUGAUCUCAAGCAGACGAUAUUGAGCAGUCCCAUCAGCACUUGUCCACCAGAGCUGCUCAAUCAUCCGGAUGCACAACACAAACCUGGUACUGUUGUGACGAAGAAGAGGAGGGAGGAGAAGAUAUUUGCGUGAGCGGAGGUUUUUACAAUUGUACAUUUCAUAACAAUCACCUGGUCAUCAGCCCUCGUCCAGUAGUGCAGAACCACUGGCUGCCAGGGGAUCUCAGGAUUGAACAUCUGCUUCUCUGAGGGCUUCCAGAGGGCAGACGAUAGAAUCAUUGCUGUCAUUUUG